UGGUAUUUAAGUUAAUAAUUCAGUUGAAAAUUCACACACACAUCGCUUACACGUGGUGAUCCUAACUGGUGUGCGCCUCACCAUGAAGUUUGUGUUGAUACUGGUUCUGCUGAGCGUGGCCACCUGCCGCCACCUGUAUCGAAGAGACCUGGAUGACGAUGAUGCUAACUAUGAUGUAUACUACAGGAUGAUGUCCUCACAAGACACGGACUGCUCCAACUCGCAAUCGUCUUUCCACGAAGAGGGUUCCCCUAUUUCUCCAGAGUCUGCAACCGCACACGUUCUACCAACAGCAUACCAGAAGGUAGACCUUGACUCAGAGGUACUUAACCUCCCAUCGUCUUUCCACGAAGAGGGUUCCCCUAUUUCUCCAGAGUCUGCAACCGCACAAGUUCUACCAACAGCAUACCAGAAGGUAGACCUUGACUCAGAGGUACUUAACCUCCCAUCGUCUUUCCACGAAGAGGGUUCCCCUAUUUCUCCAGAGUCUGCAACCGCACACGUUCUACCAACAGCAUACCAGAAGGUAGACCUUGACUCAGAGGUACUUAACCUCCCAUCGUCUUUCCACGAAGAGGGUUCCCCCAUUUCUCCAGAGUCUGCAACCGCACACGUUCUACCAACAGCAUACCAGAAGGUAGAUCUUGACUCAGAGGUACUUGACCUCCCAUCGUCUUUCCAUGAAGAGGGUUCCCCUAUUUCUCCAGAGUCUGCAACCGCACACGUUCUACCAACAGCAUACCAGAAGGUAGAUCUUGACUCAGAGGUACUUGACCUCCCAUCGUCUUUCCAUGAAGAGGGUUCCCCUAUUUCUCCAGAGUCUGCAACCGCACACGUUCUACCAACAGCAUACCAGAAGGUAGAUCUUGACUCAGAGGUACUUGACCUGCCAUCGUCUUUCCACGAAGAGGGUUCCCCCAUUUCUCCAGAGUCUGCAACCGCACACGUUCUACCAACAGCAUACCAGAAGGUAGAUCUUGACUCAGAGGUACUUGACCUGCCAUCGUCUUUCAUGAAGAGCAUACCAGUCUUGACCAGAGGUACUUGA